AUGGUGAAGGAGAUCGUUAGUACGAUUCUCCCGAAUACUUGGACAUUGAAGUGCAAAUUCUAUACUAAUCCAGCGAACAUUAUAAUAAAACAAAGUUCUAAGACAAAUGAAGAGGCGUAUGAAACCUUUGAAGAAUUCAGUCCACGUCUGGACAAUGCUGAAACACACACGGUUAAAAGAACAAAAUUUAACGUGCCAACGUUUAUUUCAAUCUUUGUUUUUUAUAUAUGUAUUGUAAAUGUGAUAAUCUCGUGUGAUGUUAGUGUUAAAAAUGUAAAUAGUAAAAUACGUAAAGAACCUCAUGAUCAUGACUAUAUUAGAGAGGAAUCUGUGAACUGGUAUGGAAACAAACGUGAAGUCUACGAUAAUUAUGGUAAACGUCUACAAAAUGAUAUGAUUUCAACAUCAGCAAAAAGGCAGAGUGAUGAUGAAAAAUCAGAGAAAUAUGGGGCAAUUACAGUUCAAGAAGUAAGCUAUGACUAUUAUAAGAAUAAGGACGAUAUGGUAAAUGCAUCAGAUUAUCCAGAAUUUCAUGAAAUGCUGAGCUACAUGCCUCACGAUUCCCAAGCUGCGGGCCACCCUCAUGAUCUUGCAUCUUAUCCAUACUACGUAAAAAACAUCCAAUUCAACUUAAGACCAGAACGACAUUUGUUCAAAAAGAAAGUUGUUAAGCUUGGUGUCUUGCUGCCGGCUGAUUCAAACCACAUAUUUUCUCUUGCCAAAGUUUUACCGAUUUUGGAGUUAGCAGUUCCUGCAGUUACAAGGCCUGAUGGCCCGUUGCCUGGUUGGACGGUAUUGGUGGACUAUCGAGAUACUAGAUGCUCUUCCGUUGAAGGUCCUUUGGCUGCCUUUGAAUUUUAUGUUCACGAAUCAGCAGAUGCUUUUAUUGGUCCGGGAUGUGAGUACGUUAUUGCUCCAGUGGCGAGAUAUGCGGGACCUUGGGGCAUUCCUGUACUGACAGCAGGUGCUCAAGCUGAAGCUUUUGGAUACAAACAUCUUAGCUACAGUACUCUAACCAGAAUGAUGGGCAGCUAUACGCAAGCAGGUGUCGCAAUCCGUAAAGUCUUUGAGGAAUUUCACUGGCAACGACUUGGUAUGUUAUACCACAACAACGAUCCAGCAUCGGGUAAAGGCAACAGCCCCUGUUUCUUGACCUUAAGCGCCGUAUUUACUGUACUGAACAAGAAAAAAAAGGGAGAUAUAGCAACGGCAGUACCUUUUGAUGAAACCAAUACCACCUCAUCUAAACUAAAGGAAUUAUUACAGAAACUAUCUUUAAACACCAGAAUUGUCGUAGUGUGUGCAAACCCUACCACGGUUCGGGACAUAAUGUUGGCCGCUGACGACUUGAACAUGGUAUCCUCUGGUGAAUAUGUUUUCUUCAACAUCGAGCUUUUCUCCAAUCUGGCCUCGGCAUCAUCGAAGGAGCCAUGGAAGAUGGAAAAUGACACAGAUGAGAGAAACGAGAAAGCAAGAAGAGCGUACAGCGCAGUUUUGACUGUAACAAGCCCAGCUCCUGAGAAGAAGGAAUACCUAGAGUUUUCUGAUCGGGUAAAAGACUUAGCCGCUACGAAAUACAACUAUACGUUCGGCAAAGGCGAGGUGGUCUCUACGUUCGUAGCAGCCUUCUACGAUGCCGUGCUCCUCUACGCGCUGGCACUUAACGACACGCUACGAGAGGCCGAGAAUCCUCAAGGUCCAUUAGAUGGAGCGGCAGUCAUAAGAAACAUGUGGAACAGAACAUUUCAAGGUAUAACAGGAGAAGUGAUUAUCGACGCAAAUGGCGAUCGCGUCGCUUCAUAUUCACUGCUCGACAUGAACCCAGUCACAAGCAAAUUUGAGGUGGUGGCUACAUAUGUGGCUGCUAAUUCAUCUCUUCAAUUCAUUGAAGGUCGGCCUAUCCAUUGGGCGGGAGGCAGGACCACCCCACCGCCGGACACUCCUCAGUGUGGGUUUGAUGGAUCUCUCUGUCCUGAUAACUCAUUACCUGUGUAUGCCAUAUUGAGUAUAAUCCUGAGCUCCGUGGUCGUCGUGCUGGCUAUUUUAUCAGUAUUCAUAUAUCGUCACUAUAAGCUGGAAGCAGAGAUAGCAAUGAUGACAUGGCGCGUCAGUUGGACUGAUGUACUCCAACCAGGAGGGCGGCUACGGGGAAGCCUCCAUUCUCUUGCGAGACGUUAUAGUACUGGGACAAACUAUUCCGAUGAAGGAACGUCACUGGCUGGGGACAGACAAGUUUAUACACCUUGUGGUUUCUACAAGGGUUGCAGAGUUGCAAUAAAAAAAGUGGACAAACAGCGCAUAGAUCUUACGAGGCCACUUCUCCUGGAACUGAAGAAAAUGAAGGAUCUUGAACAUGAUCAUUUAGCAAGAUUCUACGGAGCUUGUGUUGAUCCUCCGCACUGCUGUUUUUUAACCGAGUACUGCCCUAAAGGUUCCCUACAAGAUAUCUUGGAAAAUGAGUCUAUUAAACUGGAUUGGAUGUUCAAAGUCAGUUUGAUGCAUGAUAUUGUUAAGGGGAUGCACUAUUUACACGGUACAGACAUCAGGUCGCACGGAGCCCUGAAGUCAAGCAACUGCGUAGUCGAUUCUCGUUUUGUGCUCAAGAUUACAGACUUUGGCUUGCAUGUGUUGAGGACUCCCGAGAAAGAUUCUAGAGCUCAUAGCUAUUGGACACGUCUUCUAUGGACAGCACCAGAAUUGCUGAGAAUGUCAGAACCUCCACCAGAGGGUACUCAAAAAGGAGACGUAUAUUCUUUUGGAAUCAUUAUCCAUGAGAUCGUCAACAGACAAGGCGCUUUCUGGCUAGGUCCUGGUAUUGAACUGUCUCCCAAAGAAAUUAUCGAGACAGUCAUAGCAAGUGGUCUCAGACCAAACACUUCCCACCAUCGGUCUUGCGAGGUUGACGAUGCGACUGAUCUGAUGCGAAGGUGCUGGGCUGAGGAUUCUACGGAGAGACCAGACUUCGCAUAUUUAAAGGGAGCAAUCCGGCGCCUCAAUAAAACUCAAGAAAGUAGCAAUAUAUUAGAUAAUUUGCUUUCCCGUAUGGAGCAGUAUGCAAAUAACUUAGAAUCAUUAGUUAGCGAAAGGACACAAGAUUAUUUGGAAGAGAAAAAGAAAUGUGAAGAGCUGUUAUAUCAGUUAUUACCCAAGUCAGUAACUUUACAACUAAUCAACGGCCAAUCAGUAGUCGCAGAAAUCUUCGAGCAAGUUACCAUCUACUUCUCUGAUAUUGUCGGCUUCACAGCGCUAUCGGCUUCCUCCACACCGAUGCAAGUAGUCGACUUACUGAAUGAUCUGUACACCUGUUUUGAUUCUAUCGUGGAAAACUACGAUGUAUAUAAGGUUGAAACCAUCGGUGACGCCUACAUGGUGGUAUCAGGUCUACCAGAACGCAAUGGCACCCGACAUGCUUGUGAAAUAUCUCGAAUGGCACUUGCGCUACUGGAUGCUGUCAGGCGGUUCCGCAUCAGACAUCGGCCUCACGAUCAGUUAAAACUUAGAAUUGGGUUACAUUCUGGACCUUGCGUUGCUGGUGUAGUAGGACUGAAAAUGCCAAGAUACUGUCUCUUUGGCGAUACAGUUAACACUGCGUCAAGAAUGGAAUCAAACGGAGAAGCUCUCAAGAUACACGUGUCCCCUGACACAAAGGCACUACUUGAUGCGUUUGGUACAUUCCAGUUAGAGUGCAGAGGAGAAGUCGCUAUGAAGGGUAAAGGAAUUCUAGUCACAUAUUGGUUAUUGGGUGAAAAAGUAGAUCCUAAUGCUUCUAAAGAAAAACCGUCAUUAGUAAAAGCGCAGGCAUUGUCAGCAGACAGUGGUUCAUUAUCACAUUUAACUCCAUUCAGGCAAAGAAUGGAUCAAAGUUCUAGGUCAUCCAGUAGAAGAGGAUCCGGGGUAUACUUACAAAGAUUCACAGAUGUCAAUAAAUUAGAAAAAGAAGCACAACCGUUACUGCAAAACCUCAGUAUUCAAAGACAACAUUCAGACCCAACUGAACCAGUCACAAAUGGUAUCACUGACAAUGGCGAUGACCUAGACCGACAGAGUGUUUCAAAUUCGAUAUCACUGAACGUAAACUCCUUACACAAUAACACUGUAAACAGCAGUCAACCACGAGUCAAGUUGAAAGAUUGCCAAAACUCGAUCGUUAAUCACAAAACGAAUAAGAUAGGUAAUAACAAUUGGAUUUCAAAAUUACCCACAGCAAGUUCCUUCGACAACGGUACAAAGAAAGGCAGUGAAAAGUUAAAGGAUUACAGCAGUGUGCCAUUACUGUCUAAAGCCGAUACACUAAACGAUUCAAUUGUAUAG